AUGAUACCAGCAUCUGUAAAUAACACGUCUAGUCAACGUCUAACGACAACUGCUACCGUUGCACACUCCGGGAUUACCAGUUGUAAUUCACAAAUCCCAGGACGAACCAAAAUAAUACUUGCAACUGCUGUAAUUAUAUUAAUCGAUGAUACUGGUAAGGAGCACUUGGCGCGCGCAUUGUUAGAUUCGGGUAGUGAGUGUUGUUUCGCUACGAAAAGAUUAUUCCAAAUGAUGAAGGUGAAACAAACUAGAGUUGAUUUACCGAUAGCUGGGAUUGGAAAGUCGUCGGCUACAGUCAAAUAUCAAUUCCAGUCGUUAAUAAAAUCGAGAAACUCGGAAUUUUGCGCGAAUGUGGAACUCCUGAUUCUACCGAAGGUCACUAUUGAUCUCCCGUCACUCAACGUUGACACUACUACAUGGAAAAUACCCGAAGGAAUUACACUAGCCGAUCCAGCCUUCAACUUGCCUAGUGCAAUAGAUGUUGUAUUGGGUGCCGAGAUAUUUUUUGAUUUGUUUUCUGUUCCUGGUCGUAUUUAUCUAGGCGACACAUGCCCGUUACUUAUCAAUUCGGUGUUUGGCUGGGUUGUGUCCGGCAAAGCGAGAGGCGAGUUUGUCGCCAAUUCCGCACUCUGCAAUUUAGCAAUUGUUGACAAUCUUCAGACCACAAUGGAAAGGUUCUGGACUAUUGAGGAAGGCAAAAAUUCUAGUAAUUAUUCAUUAGCGGAAACUAAAUGCGAAGAAAUAUUUAAACAGACGGUACAGCGCAAUGCUGACGGACGAUAUACAGUUCGACUUCCAUUCAAGGAUCGUCAGAUCGAGCUAUUGGGAGAAAAUAGAAAAACUGCAUUGCGGAGAUUUCAUUUGCUAGAAAAUCGUUUAGCUCGCAAUCCUGAUCUUAGUCGUCAAUAUCGAGAAUUCAUGAAUGAAUACCUUAGAUUAGGACAUAUGUCACCGGUUUUAGAUGACGCAAAUGAUUUGAGUUCAUGCUAUUACUUGCCCCAUCAUCCUGUAAUUCGCGAAAGCAGCACGACGACAAAGGUUCGUGUUGUCUUCGAUGCUUCUUGCAAAACGAAUACCGGACUAUCUCUAAAUGAUGCGCUUUUAGUCGGACCGGUUGUACAAGAGGACCUGCGAUCGUUAAUAAUUCGUGCUCGAAUUAAUCCAAUCAUCUUGAUUGCGGACGUCGAAAAGAUGUAUCGGCAAAUUAUGUUACAUGCAGACGACACUCACUUUCAAAGAAUAUUCUGGCGAUCUGCAACAGAUGAACCCAUUCAAACUUUUGAGCUUAAAACGGUGACUUAUGGCACCGCUUCUGCUCCCUUUUUGGCAACUCGUGUUCUAAAGCAAUUGGCCAUAGAUGAAGCAAACAAGUAUCCAAUCGGUGCAAAGGCAGCUCAAACAGAUUUUUACGUCGACGAUCUUUACUCUGGAUCUGCAACAGAAGAAGAGGCAAUCGAGCUUCGCAAGCAAUUAGACUCGUUGCUUGCUGCUGGCGGGUUUCAACUGAGGAAAUGGGCAUCAAACAGCAAAAUAGUUCUUGCGGGAAUUCCACCCGAAAACCUUGCGAUUCACGGAAUGGUGGAUUUUGAUAGAUACCAAACUAUUAAAACGCUCGGUUUGCACUGGGAGCCGAUGAGCGAUUGCCUAAAGUAUCAAAUUCAGCUUCCGUUGUUGGAAAAAACAAGAUUAACGAAACGUUUGACUUUGUCGUAUAUUGCUCAGAUUUUUGACCCUCUUGGAUUGGUAGGGCCCGUCGUUGUAACAGCGAAAGCGUUUAUGCAGACACUCUGGUCACUCAUGGAUGACGAUGGAGUUAUAUGGCAGUGGGAUCGUGAACUACCACCACUCUUGUACGAUCAGUGGGAGAAAUACCAUUCGGAACUUUCGUCGCUCAAUCGACUUCGGGUAGAUCGCUUUGUGCUUUUGCCCACGGCAGUUAAAAUAGAAUUGCAUAUAUUUUCGGACGCUUCCGAGAGAGCCUACGGCCAUUUGGAUGACGUUAAAAAUAUAUUCGAGCAACGGGGUGUUGCUGGACAGCUGCUGAUUCGGAAGCAACUUCUUACGCUGAAAUAUUCGGAAAGAGGUGGCACUAAUUUGUCGGAGCAUCUGUUGCGGUUCAACAGGUUGAUCCGUGAACUGAAGGGAAGUGGAGCAAAUGUGGAGGAAUCAGAUGCAGUGUGUCAUCUAUUGUUGACACUGCCGGCAUCAUUGGAUUCGGUUGUCACGGCGAUUAAAACUCUUCCCGGUGGUUUAACCAUGGACUUUGUCAAAAAGCGGCUUAUGGAUGUUGACAUUAAGCGUCAGAAUUCGGAUAUGUUAGUGUACGAAAGUAAAAAUUAA